UGCUUGGAACGGGUAUAAAAGAACGUUGAACGACGAGGAAACUAUUCAGUGUUACGCAGUGAGUCAAUAGUGGCGCACAAGUUCCUCAGAGCACUUUUAAAAAAUACUUCAAUUAAAUUAAAAUGAAAAACUUCAUCGCGUUUUGUUUAAUCCUUGCUGUGACAUCAGCCGAGUAUGUGGUGAAAAACGAGGAGAACUUGCAGCAAUAUCGCCGCGAAUGCGCCACCAAACUGAAAGUACCCGAAGACCAUAUACAACAAUUUCGCAAAUGGCAAUUCCCCAAUGACUCGGUCACUCAGUGCUAUUUAAAAUGUGUUUUCGAAAAAUUCGGCCUGUUUAAUGCUGAAACUGGUUUCAACGUGGAGUACAUUCACCAGCAACUGCAGGGCGCUCAGGUGGCACCACCCGGUGAUGCUGAUCACGAUGAUGUCGUGCACGACAAGAUCGCCGCCUGUGUCGAUAGCAAUGAACAAGGUUCGAACGCUUGCGAGUGGGCCUAUCGUGGUGGUGUUUGCUUCAUUAAGGAGAAUUUGCAGCUGGUGAAGCAUAGCGUUAAGCAACAGGCUUAAUUUGUUGUUAUCUUAAAAAUGAUUUUUCGCGAUUUUAAUAAAUAAUUUUGAAAAAUA